UUAAUUAUAUAAGGACUCAAUACGAGAUGCUAUGCAUACUACUAUACUGGUCAUAUUUCUGCGGCCGCCAUGUUAAAACAAUUUUUUCUAGUGGUCAGUUGCUUGUUGGUCUGGUGUAGCGCUCGAGUUCUAGAAUCCAGACAGGCUGCAACACAAAUCAAUGUCUGCGCUACCAGUGAGGUCCGAGUUUCACAAGGCUCCUAUAUUGAGCUGAAAAGCCCAAACUACCCGAGCCGCUAUCUGGACAAUACCCACUGCCCUGUGACACUUAGAAGUGGACCCAAGGCGCUUGCACUCAGCUUGAGGUUCAGUGAGUUUAUACUUGAAAAUCAACAGACAGCAUGUUCCUAUGAUAGUCUCUGUAUUUACGGAGUCAAAUUUUGCGGAAGCUGGGCCAACGGCCGUGUGUUCCAGUACAUUCUGCCGUCCAACAGCAAUUUUACCCUGGACUUUCUGACAGACAGCUCUGAAACUUUUCGUGGAUUUGACAUUCUAGUCAGCGCUGCUUUAUAUAACAAUGAGGCGGUCAACAUCACAAGCGGCGGAGUGGGCUCUAACAGUGGGCCUCUUCAAUCACAGCUGUUGACAUUACGCAACUUAAACUACCAGGACAAAUGCAAAACCGAUUCAAGAAUCGUCAGCGCCACCUACCCUACAACGUCUUGGUAUUAUGACACCACACCAUCAUAUCAGUACACCACUAACAGCCCAUUGUAUUAUUAUACAACGACAUAUUACCAGUAUACCACUAACAAUCCAUGGAUUUAUGAAACCACAACAAAUUACCAGUACACUACUAACAGUCAAUUGUAUUAUGACACAACGUCAUAUUACCAGUAUACCACUAACAAUCCAUGGAUUUCUGACACAACGUCAUAUUAUCAGUAUACCACUUACAAUCCAUGGAUUUCUGACACAACGUCAUAUUAUCAGUAUACCACUAACAAUCAAUGGAUUUCUGACACAACGUCAUAUUACCAGUAUACCACUAACAAUCCAUGGAUUUCUGACACAACGUCAUAUUAUCAGUAUACCACUAACAACCCAUGGAUUUCUGACACAACGUCAUAUUAUCAGUAUACCACUUACAAUCCAUGGAUUUCUGACACAACGUCAUAUUACCAGUAUACCACUAACAAUCCAUGGAUUUCUGACACAACGUCAUAUUAUCAGUAUACCACUUACAAUCCAUGGAUUUCUGACACAACGUCAUAUUAUCAGUAUACCACUUACAAUCCAUGGAUUUCUGACACAACGUCAUAUUACCAGUAUACCACUAACAAUCCAUGGAUUUCUGACACAACGUCAUAUUAUCAGUAUACCACUAACAAUCCAUGGAUUUAUGACACAACGACAUAUUACCAGUACACCACUAGCAGCCCAUUGUAUUAUGACACAACGACAUAUUACCAGUAUACCACUUACUAUCCAUGGUAUUAUGACACCACAACAAAUUACCAGUAUACCACUUACUAUCCAUGGUAUUAUGACACCACAACAAAUUACCAGUAUGCCACUAACAGUCCAUUGUAUUAUGACACAACGACUUAUUAUCAGUAUACCACUAACAAUCCAUGGAUUUAUGACACAACAACAUAUUAUCAGUAUACCACUUACUAUCCAUGGUAUUAUGACACCACAGCAAAUUACCAGUAUACCACUAACAAUCUAAGAUAUUAUGACACUACGACAUAUUACCAGUAUACUACUAACAGCCCAUGGUAUUAUGAUACAACGACAUAUUACCAGUAUACCACUAACAAUCCAUGGUAUUAUGACACCACGACAUAUUAUCAGUAUACCACCAACUAUCCAUGGUAUUAUGACUCCACAUCCUAUUACCAAUACACUACUGGCUAUCCUUACUAUUACGAAACUAGCACCUAUAACCCAUACUCUACAAAUUACCCCUUGUACGAAGCGUCCACCUACUACCCCUACACCACGGGUUACCCAUGGUACUACCCCAGCACCACAUACUCACCUCCAUUCGCCGCUUUCCCGUCCAAAGAUUACGUGGCCUCUUUAAUCCAGCAGGUCAUCCAGCAGCUGAAUUCAGAGAGGUACAGUCAAGAACAGGCCAGCUUACUGUUGACCCAGUUGCUGCGUUAUUUGGGCUAUUAGUGAACCAUGCGAUGCUGACCGCUUUAAAUUUUUUUCUCUUUUUCCCUCUAUUUCGUUUUCUCUCACCCCCCCCCCCCCUCUCUGUCUUUCUGUUAUUAAAGAUAAAUUUAUUGGUCUAUUUUGAUUCUGUUUCUUUUUAUUUAAAGACCAAAUUAAAGACCAAAUAAAAUUUACCUUCUUUGAAAUAAAUUGCCUAAUAGCUUU